UACCACUUUCACCUUCCAUAAAGAAGUCUACUGAGAAGAAUUUCAGUACCCCUUCCCCUUUCACCAGUCCUGCCUCGUGCCUGUCACAUUUUGAAAUAUUGAUUACCAUCGCUACCUCCAUGUUCAAGUCUGGCGUGCUUUGUAUCACACUCCACAUUACUUAAGCAACAGACGGGCCUUGGCUUCUGCACAUUCCCUCCUCCAUCAGCGAAGCCACUCCAACGAGCUGAGAAAAAUGGCGGAUCUUCUCAAUCUGUUUCUGUGGUUCGUCACUUUCUUGGCCUGCAUCUACAGUUUCCGUCUCUUCUCCGUAAAAUCCAGCAAGCUCCCGCCGGGUCCGGUGGGUCUCCCGAUCCUCGGCUCCCUUUUCCAAAUGGGCACCAAGCCCCAUGAGUCCCUCGCGGAGCUUGCCCGAGUGUAUGGCCCGCUGAUGACGCUGCGGCUCGGCUUCAAAACCACGGUGGUAGUCUCCUCCGCCGAAAUGGCCGCGGAGGUGCUGCAGAAGCAUGACCAGGCCUUCGCAGGGCGAAGUGUCAUGGACGCAGCCAGCCCAUUGGACCACUCCAAAUGGUCGCUGGGGUUGGGACAGAACGGCCCGAGAUGGCGAGAGAUGAGGCGUAUCUGCAACAGCGAGCUGUUCACUCCCCGGAGGCUGGACUCACUGAGGGGGCUGCGUGAACAGAAGGUGCAGGAGCUGCUGCUCCAUGUCCGAGAGGCUUGCCGAGGCGGGCAAGCAGUGAACAUCGGCGAGUGCGCCGUGGUGACCACUCUAAACUCCAUCUCCAACACCCUCUUCUCCCAGGACACCAUAGGCCUCGGCUCAGAGUCGGCCACCGAGUUCCGGGCAUUGCUUGGGGAUACGGCCAGUGCCCUCGGGUCGCCAAACAUCUCAGACUUCUUCCCACUGCUGAAGUACGUGGACCCACAAGGGGUCAGGCGCCAAGCAGCGGUCUACAUCAAGCGGUUCUAUGAAUUGUUUGAUGAGAUCAUAGAGAAACGCAAUGAGUUGUAUUCUACCAGCAAGGUAGAGAAGAAAGGUGACUUCUUGGAUGUGCUCCUGGAGCUGAGCACUAAGACGGGGUCAGAGUUCAAAAAAGAAUGCAUCAAGCCCUUGUUACUGGAGAUGUUCACUGCCGGCACUGACUCAGGCUCCAGUACUAUCGAGUGGGCAAUGGCCGAACUGCUCCUCAACCCGAAAAAAAUGGAGACCGUACGUUUGGAACUCAAACAGAUCAUCGGCAAAGAUCGUGUGGUUCAGGAGACAGACAUUCAGCAACUCCCUUACUUACAGGCAGUCGUGAAAGAGACCUUGAGGUUGCACCCACCAAUUCCUCUUCUUGUCCCCCAUAGAGCAGAUGUCACCACAAAGGUCGGUGGGUUCACCGUCCCGAAACAUACAGAAGUGCUAGUCAAUGCAUGGUCGAUCGGCCGCGACUCCACCUAUUGGGAGAACCCGACGGCCUUCUUGCCGGAGAGGUUUUUGGAGUCGGAUAUAAAUUUCAAGGGGAAGGAUUUUCAUUUCAUUCCUUUCGGAUCAGGAAGAAGGAUGUGCCCUGGCAUACCUCUGGCCGUCCGCACCGUUCAUCUAACACUCGCUGCUCUCAUCCAUUGUUUUGAGUGGAAGCUUCCUGAAGGGAUGUCUCCAGAAAAACUUGAUGUGGAGGAAUACUUCGGGCUCACCAUGCGCAAAGCCGUGCCUCUGUUGGCUGUUGCCACUCCUAUAACAACGUGAAGUGAAUCAAAUAGAUAUACAAGUGACUUUCUUGGUUGGAUCCAAAUAUGUAUGUAACAUGCAUGAGAAGUCCUAAGAAGAAAAUAAAUCUUCUUAGGACUAAACUUAUACUAUAGUAGUUAAACUUUCAAUAUCCUCCUGGCAUUAUUUAUGAAAGCUCAACUUUUGGUCGUGGUUGUUAAAUGGGUGUCC